AUGAGGAACUGCCGGGACGACAGGCUCUCCCAUGUGGAUGACGGGACCGAGAGACCGCUGAGGGCUGAAACUGACGACCCUGGUAAAAAGGAUGAAAAAUUGGAAGCGAGAAUUGAGAAUCUUAUCAAAAGACAAUGGGAAAAUCUAAGGCCCGAAGAAAAGAGUCAAAGUGGUGGAAGCACUGAAAAUAGCACUGCUAAAGAAGUUGCUGAAUCCAUAAAACUGGAGAUGCUUAACAGAGGACCAUCAGUUAAAAGAGACUACAAAUUAGAUAGUAACACUAGAUUUGAACACUUCUAUCACUAUUUGAAGUCAGAAGUGAGAUCUCACAAACUCCUGCAUGUCUUCGAUAGUAACAUAAAAUUCAGUGGAGAUCAAAAGACUUUGGAUGACCAUAUAUUUCAGGAAGAAGCAUCAAGGAAACAGUCAGGGAAGGGGAGCAUUGAGGUGAGAGCUGCGAAACUCACCGGAUUUAAGGAGAGAUGUUUUGAGUGCGGGGACUAUGAGCACCUCGGCCGAAAGUGCCCCGGCAAUGGUAAGGGCAAACUAUGUUACAGUUGGAAAGGCUACGGACACAUAAUUAAAGAUUGCCCAAACUCAGAUGAGACAAACAACAAGCCAAAAGUUAACAUGUGGAUUUGGGAAUGGUGUCCAGCCAAUAGAAAAGUAGAGAAAAGUACAACUAGACGAGUUAUAGACAAUAUGGUAGGUAGUGAAAUAAAGGUGAAAAGGCACAUGACGCGAAAUGUCGCAGCCAAACAGAAUGAAGUUUCGGCGAUGGAAACUCCAACUGAGAGUAACGAACGGAUUGAAGAAGGGUCUACAGAGGUGAGAAAUAAUGAGCAAUCCGAAGUCGGGCGAGAUGAAAAACCGGAUAGUAAAGAAACCCUUAAGCCGAUUCAAAAUCAAUUCGAACAAUCCAAUUUUGAUUAUUCUAUUUGGGAUAGAAAGAUUGGUAAGGUAGACGAGGCACAAAUAGAUGAGAGCGGUGAGGUUUUUGAUCUGUUUGGAGUCGUGAAAAAUAAAAUUCAGGGUAAUAGUCAAGGCAUGCUGUGGUAUGCUAGACUGCCAUUUCCUAAGGUGAGAAGUCGAGCAACAGAGCCGUUGCAGAUAAUACACUCUGAUAUAAUGGAACCAAUAUCUCCGAGUUCAUAUCCAAAGAGAUACAGGUACAUAUCUGUGUUCAUAGACGAUAAAUCGACAUUUGCAAUGGCAUACCCGAUGAAGGCUAAAAGUGAAACGGGGCACUGCAUUGAAAUGUUUGUUAGAAGUGACAGAAAUCUGUUAGGUUACGAUGGGAAGGUAUGCUACCUUAGGUCACAUCAAGCAAGUCCUGAUACACCAGAACACAAUGGAGUCGCUGAACAAUACAACCAGACAAUCCAGAAAAACAUGCGUGCUUACAUGUUCGACGCGAAAUUGCCGGAGAAUAUGUGGGAUCUGGCUCUGUUUGCCGCUGCAUAUACAUUCAAUCAAACUCCUCAUAAAUCUAAUGAGAUGAGAACUCCACUGAAAGAGUUUGUGCCGGGACAUAACUUUGAUGUGAAUCAGAUUAAGAGAUUCGAAAGCCUCGCGUACAUGAAAGUACAGAGAAAGGUAGGACCGAAAUUCAGGACAGAAAGUGCGAGAGGUAAUAGGUACAAGAAAGGUGACAUUAAGAACGUCCCAGAAGUUCAAGAAGUGACAAACAAUGACAAAUGGUUUGUAGAAUUUGAAAAACACGUUAACGAUUUGAAUGAAACGUCCAAAUCGGAGGGAGAGACGAAGAAAAAGAGGGGCAGACCAAGGAAGGAAACCCCAAGUCUUAAGGUAUAUGAGAAUGGACUGAAUCUGGACGAGUCUACUGAUGAGGUCUACGAUGCUCUUCUUGCCAGUAUUAAUUCAGAUCCCAUUAACUAUAAAGACGCGAUGCAAAGAAAAGAUCAGAGCAGUUGGACACUGGCAGUAGACGAAGAGCUUAAAUCGAUGAGUAAAAAUAAAGUGUGGAAAACUGUAGAACGACCGAUUAGUAAUCAAAAUGGACAGAAGGCUAACAUAAUUGUCUCUAGUUGGGUAUUUAAACGCAAGAUAGAAGCGAACGACGUGAAAACGGCAUUCCUCAAUGGUGAGAUAGAUGAGGAAAUCUACAUGGAGAUCCCAGAGAGGACUCAUCACUCAGAUCAGAAGCGAGAGACCAAGGUGUGCAAAUUAGAGAAAUCUCUCUAUGGACUUCGAAUAAGUCUAAAACGGUGGAAUGAGAAAUUCACUAAAGUGGCACUGGGUGUGGGCCUCGUGAACUCGAGCCGUGUCUGUUUACUUGGAGCAGUGAGGAAAAAAUUCUAA